GCGGCGCCACAGAUAACCCGUGGGCCGGCCACAGUCUCGCAGACACCGGUCUGGGCUACAGCUGGUCCAGUGUCACUACUCUGCUCUCCGGGGAAUCCAGCGUCUCUGCAGGUUGUAUAACCUUUUACGCCAUCACCUUCCACUAACUACAACAAGAGACGAGAACUCAACACAACACAGUUAUCGGGCCUCCGACUAUCAGGAAAACUCCUCAGAUAUAGCAGAGUCCUAGAGUCAUAGGAUAACAGAAAGGACGUGGAGGCUACUGUUUGAGACAAUCAACGGUGAGUGUCACAGACUGAGUGAUUAGAGGCAGAAAAUUUGGGACAUAUCGAGUGACUGACGUAUGUGAAAACUGCUUUCUGCUGCAAAGAUACUGAAAAAGCUCUUGGAGUUACAGUGUAUCAACAGGUUCCCGUCGCUACUCUGAAACAAUUUGUCAGUUUGCAACAAGACGACAAGCUCUGGUUGGGUGUGUAGUGAACACACAGAGUAUUUGCUUGUGUGUAAAAAUACACCCAACAACAACGCUGAGAGAUCAAAUUUAAGCAGUGUGGUAUUCCUUACAUUAUUUCCUCGUACCUUGCACGUCACCGGAAGUACUCAACUGACAGUGCCGAAUGGAAAUAUACAGCUAACAACGAAUCAAUUGAGUAUAAUCAACUGGGCACUCCUUCGAUUACUUCUGCAUCCUUAAUCAUUUACAGGGGAAGUACCGAGCUGAGAUUUUUUAGAUAUCAAGGAAGAACCAGCAGUUCUGGAAAGGAGGAUCAGCUUUAUCCUUAGCAAAGAUCAAGGGUGCUUGGAAUUCGAUUUGUUAUCUGGGCUGUUUCCAAGUGGGUAGGUGGCAUCAGUUUUCAUACAUAUACCAGUAGAGGUUCAUAUCUUGGGACACUUAGUCUUGUUCAGAGUCAGCAGGACUGCAUUGUGAAGCUGUCGUUAGGGCUGUGUUCUCCACGUGUGGUCUCCUUCAGCUGGACUAAUGCCAGACGAUAACUGAAUCAGGUGGCAGGUGGUCUCCAGAUUGUGGGACAUCAGUCGUCAGUGCGACGUAGUGAACUAUGGGGGACUUCAUGGUGCAGUGUGAGAUGUACCACCAGCGGCCACUGCAAACUGGAGAAAUACUGUGGGGGUCGUCUGGAGAUCAGCUGCAGACUCCAGUUCCAGUCGGCGAGCUCUCAGAGGCUCCACCAUCCAGCAGCCUCAGCCAACCGGUGACCUCCUCGGAGCUCAGCGCCAUAGAGCUGAUGCCCAAGAGGGACUGUGACCCCAUAGCGGGCUACGAGACACCAGUGACCACACCCGAUGCCAACAGCAGCUCGCCCGAUGCUCUCAGGUUCAACCAGGGCAGCUCGUCGGCGUACUGGUCACAGGAGGGGCCGGCGUCCCCGGCAUCGGUGAGCACCGUCACCCUGGGUUCGCCGAGCAUCGAUCACCUGUACCUCGGCAUCGGAGCCCCCACUACGCUGCUGCCGCCUUUUGCGGAUCCACAGGACUGCUUCGGCAACGCCGGAGACUUCCUGUACGGAGCGGCGAUGGCAGAGGCCGGCGUCACGAUCCCGGACAAUCAGUUCGAACCACCCACUCGAGACGCAUCUUCUGCUGGAGCUUUUGUCAUGGACAAGUUCCUGUCUGCAGGUGACCAAUCCAAUAGUGGACAGGAGGAGGCCCAGCACACAGGGACCCUGGCAGCACUCCACUCCGCUGGGAGGUCCACCUCCCUGACCGACGUCCGGAUGGCCGACAGCGGAGGGUCGUUGCCCAGCAGUCCACCUCCGCCAUCGGUCUUGACCGCCACCGGCAGGUCCCACUCGGUCACGGACGUCUCCUGCGGGAGGGGCGACAGAGGAACCGUGCUCGGCGGCCAACUGGGCGCCCUCGGCGUCAAGAGGCCGACGUCUGCGACUCCAGGAUUCCAGCACGGAGGCCUGGGGACGGUCCAGAGGUCGUCGUCACUCUGUGCGGAGGGAGGGCAGGAGCCGUUGAGGGUCACCGCCAUACAGAGGUCCAUGUCUCUGGCUCUGGACGAGAGACCUAGGUUGAGCCCACUGGUACGGGGAGAUCUCCAGACUCUAGGAUCACCAUCGACUCCUAUGGAAACUGAUGGCACCUCCUCCAACAGUCUGGCCGGAUUCCUGGAUGCUCAUUCGCGGACACACGGACACACCCCAUCCAACAGCAGCGUCACCAGUUCGUCAGCUCCCUGCACACCGUCCUGUGACAGCCCAGUCUUCCAAAGCAGUCCAUUCUUCAGUGCCAACGAGUACCAGCAUCGCACAGAAAGGACGUCUGAACCCGUAACUGUCAGCAGUGGGGUUGGGUACUCAGAGUUUUCCACCAGCACGGCACUGCCCGUGCCUCAAACGUCUCCCAACAUGCACGCACCCCCCACUUUCACUUUUCUGACUGGAGAACCAGUGGCACCGCAACCAUCACCACAGAACAGCAUAUUGUCUGGAAGCUAUCCCCAGAGUGUGACCAAUCUCCAAGCGAGGGCACCCCAGCCCCAGCACGUCCCCUGCAUCGUGGGGCACCAUCCAGUGGGACCGCCCGCAAACCAGAGCCACCAGGUGACGAACCCGAGCCGUGCGGUCACUCCCGGAGGGUCACCUUUGGCGCUACGGCCCCCACCCCCUGGUCCCAGGUAUUUCGACAGAGCAGAUGACGACAUUCCAGGUCUCCCCAUCCCCCAAACGAGUGCAGUGAAGGACUACUGGAGGGCCCCGUAUUGGGUCGGUGACCACCAACAGGGCAGUCACGGCCCAGGGUACUAUCAUAAUGGCACCGACCGUUACGGACAAAAUCAGUGUUGCCAGGGCUGUGAUGGAGUGCCGGCACAAAGCCACGUCUACGACCAGCACCAGUGGCUGCAGAUGCAACAACAAAGGGCUGCAGCUUGUCAACCACCUCUUCCAGUCACAGGUGGAGACAGACAGAACGCGGCAGCGCCGUCGACGACGACGACGCAGACGUCGACGGGCAAGUCGCGGAAGGAGCGAACGGCGUUCACCAAGUCGCAGAUCCGGCAGUUGGAGGAGGAGUUCUGCCGCUCCAACUACCUCACCAGGCUGCGCCGCUACGAGAUCGCCAUCCUACUGGACCUCAGCGAGCGGCAGGUGAAGGUGUGGUUCCAGAAUCGCCGUAUGAAAUGGAAGCGCACGAAAGGCGUGGCAGGAAGUGGUAGCCGGAAAGAGAAACGUGAACAGAAGCAGCAGCAGCAGCAACAGCAACAUCAUCAACAACAACAACAACAGCAACAACAACAGCAGCAGCAGCAGCAGCAACAACAAAACCAACAGCAGAAGCAUACUAUCAGCUGGCCGAUACAGCUACACCCGUGACGACGACGACAACAAUACAACAACAAUGUUAAUACAUUUUCUACCAGUACCUGACUAGCAAGUGAACUUUAAGGACAGUUUUGCAUUCUGUGGAUACCGGACGAAACACACUAUUGUUACCAUAUUUGAUCCCAGUGUGCUUUGUGUCAUGCGCUACGCUUGUGUACUCUCUGUGAGAACAAACAUGCAUUCGUGUGUCCCAGCUGUGGUCCAUAUCUGUGUUCAUAUGUGCGCUACAAUAAAAAUCCAAUGUCGGUCUGCA